GCUUCACAUUGUGGUCGGCAAGUUAAAGAACCUUUGACGCGUGACUCAGUGACCACUGCCUGUCCUUAUGCUCUCUAAACUCUCCGACUCUCACUCCUAGCUCCUCUCCUUUUUAUCUGCCUUCCUCUUGUUCCUCUUCCUCUCGAUCACAGUCGUACCCUUUCUUUCUUCUCCAUACAUCCCCUUCCCCUCCUGUUACUUAGUUCAUAACCCUUUUUCUCUACCUGCGAAUUUGAUUUCUAUCCCUCCACGUCAAAUCCCUAGUAUAUAUGUUAUUUACUUCAAUUCCUUUCUGGGUAUUUUCAGAUUUCAUUUAUUGUUGGUUUUUCCUAUUAUAACUGCUUCGAAUUGCAGUACAGCAUCUCUUUGAAGAAAGGAUUUUGUCCUUUUCAUCUGAUUCAAGAUGUUUCUGGUUAUGGACGAGAGGGUUUCCUCGGAAAAGUGCUUAGAUUCUUCCUCGGAAAAGUGCUUAGAUUCUCAAUUAUGGCACGCCUGUGCCGGUGCGAUGGUUCAAAUGCCACCCAUCAAUUCCAAGGUUUUCUACUUCCCUCAGGGCCAUGCAGAGCACGCCCAGGGGAAGGCAGAUUUCGGGUCCACCCGAAUUCCUUCCUUCAUUCCUUGCAGGAUUUCUGGUAUGAAAUACAUGGCAGACCCUGACACAGAUGAGGUGUUUGUGAAAAUGAGGCUGACACCUCUGAGGGAUAAUGAAAUGGGUCUUGAAGAUGAUGCUUUUCUGGGGAACCAUGGCGUUGAUGGUCAAGAAAAGCCGGCUUCUUUUGCAAAGACAUUGACUCAAUCUGACGCCAAUAAUGGUGGGGGUUUCUCUGUGCCUCGUUACUGUGCAGAGACCAUCUUUCCUAGGUUGGAUUAUUCUGCUGAGCCUCCGGUUCAGACCAUUAUUGCCAAGGAUGUGCACGGACAGAACUGGAAGUUUAGGCAUAUCUAUCGAGGGACCCCUCGCCGGCACCUCUUAACAACUGGAUGGAGCAAUUUUGUGAACCAGAAGAGGCUUGUUGCUGGGGAUUCCAUUGUGUUCUUGAGGGCUGAAAACGGGGAUCUUUGCGUUGGAAUAAGGAGGGCUAAGAAGGAGAUUGGAGGUGGAAUUGAGUAUCCAACUGGCUGGAAUCAGGCAGUCCCACUAUUUGGUGGGAAUUCAGGUUUCAUGCGAGAAGAUGAAAACUCAUUGUUGAGAAGAAAAUAUCAGGAGGAGAUGAAGGGAAGAGUGACUGCUGAAUCCGUUGUUGAAGCUGUAACUUCUGCCGUUAAUGGCAGGCCUUUUGAGGUUGUGUACUAUCCGCGAGCUAGCACGCCGGAAUUCUGCGUUAAGGCCUCGUCGGUGAGGGCUGCAAUGCAAAUACAGUGGUGUUCUGGGAUGAGAUUCAAAAUGCCCUUUGAAACUGAGGAUUCAUCCAGGAUAAGCUGGUUCAUGGGAACAAUAUCUUCUGUUCAGGUUGCAGAUCCCAUUCGCUGGCCUGAUUCUCCAUGGCGUCUUCUACAGGUGGCGUGGGAUGAACCAGAUUUGCUUCAGAAUGUUAAGAGUGUGAACCCUUGGUUGGUUGAACUAGUCUCAAAUAUGCCAACCUUCCAUCUCUCUCCAUUCUCACCGCCAAGAAAGAAGUCACGGUUUCUUCAGCAUCCGGAAUUUCCUCUCCUCAAUCAGCUUCCUAUGCCACCAUUCCCCGCAAAUCUCCUCAAUCAAACUAACUCCCCGUGUAGAGUUCAUGACAGUUACAGUCCUGCAGGCAUACAGGGAGCCAGGCAUGCUCAAUAUGGUCUCUCUCCAUGUGAUUUCCCUUUCAACAAGCUGCAAUCAGAUAUGCUUCUGGGCAGAAUUCCCAGGCUUGACCAUGCUGUCCAGCCUCCAAGACCUCGUAGCUCCUACAACAGCAGCCUGAAAAACAAUGCUGAGAUAUCGUGCUUGUUGACCAUGGGAAAUCCCAGCCCGAUCUUGAAGGAACCGGUUGAUGCCAAAACACCGCACAUCUUGUUGUUUGGCCAACGCAUUCACACUGAGCAGCAGAGUUCAAACAGUACCUCUGCUAGCACAACUGGGAAUAGUUCAUCAGAAGGGAAUUCCCAGAAGGCGUUCAAUGUCGUUUCCGAUGGCUCCGGAUCUGCUUUGCACCGAAACAGUCCAACUGAGAAUUCUUCUGAAGGAGGGUCUCCCUGGUACAAAGAUCAGCAUAAUUCUGAUAUUGGAGCCGAAAACGUUAACCUCUUGUGUUUGGCUUUAUAAUUCAUGAAAAUUGUUUUAGUUGUUGUUGUGGUGCCAGUGAGUUCUUUGAUUUAGACAGCAAGGAGGCAAACAAUUCUUGCAGAUCCAAGCUGUCACUCAUAGCAUAAGUUUUCCUUUGUUGUAUAGUGCUGGAUUUUGAUUGUCGUAAAUCUAGUCAGGCCAUAAGUUGCAAGUUAACCAAAAUAUUUGUUAUUUGGUUCAUAACCACCAACUGUUACUGCAGCUGAAUGACCACUCCGACGAAACUAUAUUGGUAAUAUUUUCGUUAACUUGCAAUCAACAGAGGUUGUAUUUUGUAUUUUUGUCAGUAGAAGAUGGGGGGAAAAUCCCACUUCUUCCAAUCUCGGAAUGUUGUAACUCAUUAGUAUUUUGUUUAAGAAUGCUAUAUUUCCAUUUCAUUCUGUGAUGA